UCUCUGCUCGUAGAAAUUCAGCAGCAUGCUGAAAGAGGCAGAACUUAGAAAGAGCACCGCCAAAGAGAGAGAGAGAGAGUAGCCCUCCUGACUAUUAUUUGCAUCUGGUUUUCCCCCCCUUCUCUUCUCUGCACAGAUUCUACCAAGGAAAGGCAUGAAAUAUGUCCCUCUUCUCUUCUGCUGCUCUUACUUACUUUGAAGAAUUUUAAAUAGUAACAUUGCUAAGAAUAAUUAUAUAUCCAGGACUUUCCAAGCCCUUCUUUGAUGUGAUUUAUGAUGCAACAUUUGGUUAUUAAAACAUCAAGCAACAUAAGCUAUACUAAUAAUUUCUCUGGAAGGAGGAAAUGUAGAGUGAUGAAAAGCUGCAACCAAACCAAAGGAAUCUGGAGAAAGAAAAGAAGAGCUUUGUCACAAUCACAUUAAAGAGCAGCAAAACAAAUGCACCCGGGGAGUCUGAAAACCAUUGUAUAAAAGCAACAGCCCUCCUCUGUAGCUUCUUCUCAGAUGUACACUGUCGCUAAAAUGUGGAGAUUCCCUUUAGCCAUCAUGGACUGAUAAAUAAUGAUAAACUAUCCUCCCAAAAUUUGUCGUCCACUUAUAAGAAUUGUUUAUGAAAGUUUUGGUCUUUUUUGUAACUACUAAAUCAACCAAGGACUCUUCUGGGGAAAAAUGAACAGGAUCCAAUUUGUUUCAGCAAACUCAUAGUUUUAUAGCUACAUAGUAGGAGAAGGCAUCUGAUUGCUAGCCAACUUUUCAGAGCCCACUAUCUUCCUGAUACUGUCCCAUUGGUUGUGACAUGGGAAUGGAUUGUGAGACUGGCAAAAGAAAGUAGCUGGACUACGAUUCUUUCUACGUAUCUGCGUGGCAGCUGUCGUGUGAGUCUGCAUGGAGGAAAAGUGAUAACGCUCUGUGCAACCAGCAUGAAUUCCACAAGCAAUAUAGAAGGUUCUGUCUACCUUUGGGAAAAGGUGCUGAUUGGAGCUGUUCUCACAGUCCUCAUUGUUGUGACUGUGUGUGGCAAUGUGAUGGUAUGCCUGGCUGUCUAUUUCAAUCGACGGCUUCGCAGCCUAACUAAUUGCUUCAUUGUCUCUUUGGCCUUUACAGACCUGCUACUAGGCCUACUGGUAUUACCCUUUUCAGCCAUUUAUGAGAUCUCCUCCCAUAAAUGGCUCCUGAACACUACUUUCUGCAAUGUCUACAUUAGCUUGGAUGUCAUGCUGUGCACUGCUUCCAUUCUCAAUCUCUUCAUGAUUAGCCUUGAUCGCUAUUAUGCUAUUACAGCACCCCUCCGCUACAACACUGUGGUCACUCGUCUACGAGUAGUUGUAGCUAUGAUCCUUAUCUGGGUAGUGUCCCUUAUGGUUUCUUUCCUACCAAUCCAUUUGGGAUGGAACACCAAUGACACAACUAUCCAGAACCAGAUCCUAACUAAUGGGAAGCAAGAGUGCAAACUGGAAGUCAAUGCGAUGUAUGUUCUGGUGGAUGGCUUGCUUACCUUCUACCUCCCCUUAAUUAUCAUGUGCAUCACAUACUACAGGAUAUUUAAAAUAGCCAGGGAACAAGCUAAGAGGAUCAACCACAGCACUUGUUGCAAGACGGUCAGAAAUACAUUGCCCACAGUGAAAGAACACAAAGCCACUGUGACCCUUGCAGCUGUGAUGGGAGCAUUCAUUAUAUGCUGGUUUCCCUAUUUUACUGUGUUCACAUACAGAGGUGUGAAGGGUGCAGUAUGUGACCCACUGCUGACCAUUGUCAUGUGGCUGGGCUACGCCAACUCAGCUCUGAAUCCCAUCUUAUAUGCUGCGCUGAAUAGGGACUUCCGGACAGCUUAUCAGAGAUUGCUCAAAUGUCGACGGAUAGGACCAGAUGUCAGAGACACUUCUCUAUCACAUGAGAUGAGAGACAAGACCUGCAAUCAGAUGGCAAAUCUAUAUGAAAAUAAGCAUCUAGAGACACACACAAUGAAUGGGAAGGUGAAGCCUCUAAUCGAAGAGACUAUAGAAAGGAAUCAGAAUCUACCAUGUGAUACCUCAUCUUCUACUAUCCUGCACUUCUGUCAAAGUCUUUGGUUGGCCAAAGUUCUACCUAAGAGGGAGAUGUGGAUCCCAAUGUUUGAGGAGUCAAUAGCAAGUGGAUAGAACACACAGCAGCCUUCUGCACCCUGUACAGUUAUCUAUUGUGUCUUCUCUUAAAAGCCAGCAUGUUUUUCUAUGGCAUUGAAGAUGAACCAAAGAUGAAUUGGAAGUUCUUGCGUUUCACUGUUGAAUGAGGUUUGUUGUAAAACAGUUGACUCUGCUAUGUAAUGUGUGCUGUUUCGCACAUGUAGAAGAAAGUGGAGAUGGCUUUCUGAAUGUCCAAACUCUGUAGAAAAAAACUUUCAUCUACUUCCUAUCAAUUCAUUAAGAUUAUUUCUAUCCAAAAAAGCAGAAGAAUUGCAUGAGCGCAGGGAAGAAAUACUGGCUUCACUGGAGUCUGCAGAAUUUUCUCUCUCCGAUGUAAGGGUUCUAAAAUAAUCCUGGGGCUCUGUUCUCUGACAGCCGUACUAUCAGAGUCUUCUAGUAUCAACAUUCCUGAUCAUUCACUUUUAAUACCAUCAGCUGUUCAGACUCUCUUUCUCUUUGACCUAAUCUACAAAUGGCAUAUGGCAUUCACUCACAAUGUCUUGCAUGUCCAAUAUAGUUCAAAUAACAGAUUUUGAAAACCAGGAAUACAGGGAGGAAAGGAAUAAGGCAGGAAAAGAAGGGUGGGUUUGGGUAAAGCAAAGAGGAAGAAGAACCAUUGCUUGCAUUGACAUGUUCAUGACAGUAUAAGUUCUUCCUAUUUACUUUCCUGACAGAAAACAAUGUAUAUCCUGGAAAUAUUUCUUUCAUUUAGACAUGCUAGAAUCACUUGCACAUUGUAGAACAUCAGGUAAAACACAUUUAACUUAAAAAAAAAUGAGAGUUUUGAAUAUUUGAUAGACUCAGUUGUUUUUAUGGACAAAAUAUUAGGUUUUGUGUAUUUUAGUUAAAAACACUGAAACAGAAGCCAACUAGUAAAAUACGUUUUUAAAUGCUA